CCAUUUCAUUCUGAAAAUCAAAAAGUAAACGCCAUUAUUGAACACUUCACACUUCUCCCUCUCUCUCUCUCUCUCUCACUCUCGGCAUCUCCCCAACCACAACGAACCAAACCAGCUUUGUGCUUUCUUGCGGAAGAGCAUCCACAAGACAAACCCCCUUUCUGGUUUCUUCGUAUGUCAGAAAAAAACCCUCACCCAUAAGCGUUUUUCUUUUCUGUCGGAGAAUGUUUAUGGGUAAAUCGGCAGAGGAAGAAUGAGCAGAAAGCAAUACCCGUAGAAAUUCUAAAGCCUUCGAAUUCGGAAUAUACCCUUCUCAUCUCUUUCCCCUUCAGAUUCCUCAGUUUCCCCCUUCUUCAUUUCUCUGACCCAAAUGGAAAAGAGCCAAGAACAAUAAACCCAAUUGCUGAUUUCAUCUUCUUGUUAGCGUAGCGUCAUCAAGGUUCAGAAAUACGUUGUUUUCCCUUUUUUUUUUUUGUUUUCUUUUGGAAUUGGCUUGAUUUAUCGAUCUGGGUUUCCGAUUGGCUGUCCUUUUUCACGUAAAAAUCUGAGCUUUGUGGUCGGAUUCGUUCUGUUUCGAUCUCUGUCGCUUCUCCGAUGUAUCCUAUUCAUUGCAUGGACUCUUCUUAGAUCCGGUGAUGUAAUACAAGGGUCGUGAUUCGUUUGAUUCCGAAAGUUGCCAAAUCCAGAAAAAAGAGACACAAAAAAAACUUCCGGCGACAUGGAUUUGGACGAUUUUCGAUCGAUUCUGGGCACAGCCGGUGUAGAUGUGUGGGCAUUCAUCGACACAGCGAUCCUGGUGGCUUCGCUGGAUUACGGACAUGAGCUGAAAUGUCGGAGAGACAACAUCGUCGAGCGUCUCUACGCCACGUCGAUGGUCAACAGAUGCAGAAACUGCGAGUUCUGCGGCGGCGGCGGCGGCGGCGAAGUUAGGGUUGAUGAAGAGGAAGAAGGGAAGGAACAUGACGAAAACAACAGAGGAGAGGUAGAGAAAUCUGGCAAUGGAGACAAUGAUGACGGUUUCGAUCCUUACGCGGGUUUGUUCGACGACGAACAGAAGAUGAUUCUGGAAAUCAAGGAGAAGCUAAACGAUCCCGAUCUGUCUGAAGAAUCUCUGGUUGAGUUGCUUCAGAGUUUGGCAGAUAUGGACAUAACAGUCCAAGCUCUUCAGGAAACUGAUAUCGGGAGGCAUGUGAACCGGGUUCGGAAGCAUUCGUCCAACAAUGUCCGGAGAUUAGCCAGACAGCUUCUCAAAAAAUGGAUGGAAACAGUUGACGAGUGGGUGAAACAUAAGCAGCCUGGCGAUCUCGAGCCAUCUAACUUGAUAGCCGAUGGGGACUCACCUCAGCAGAAAGCUCCCCAGAAUGGUGACCGGCAACAGGUUCUGGAUUUCGGGUACUCUCCCGUGCCACACAGUGAGUAUAGGACCGGAUUCAAAGAUGAGUAUUCUGGUCCAAGCAAGAAAAUUAGCAACACCGAACCAGAAAGAAAACCAAGACCGGCUGCACCUCCUCCAGCCAGACCUGCUCGGCCUUCUCCGGCUCCGCAAACUGGGCAGCAGAGGGAGAAAGAGCCGUGGGAACUCAACGACUUCGACUCAGCCCGGAAAAGGCUUCAACAGAACUACAGAGAAGCUGAGAAUGUGAAAAAGCAGAGAACUAUACAGGUGAUGGACAUUCAUGAGAUUCCAAAACCUAAGAGAGCCUUCUUCCCCAAGAAAGGUGGCAGUUCCCAUGGCAGACACUUUUAACGUUUGAUUAGGAACAAGGUUGGGUCCGAGGGAGACAACAGAAGUUUUUUUUUUAGUAAAGAUACAGAUCAAAAGCAACGAACAGAGCUUUGUUUUGUUUUGUUUUGUUUUUUUUUUUUUUUUUUU